GAUUCCUUUGUGUUUUGUUUACACACCGAAGCGGCUUCUUGUGGAGAGAGAGGAGGCGACUAUUGUCGCCAGUGAUAUUGGAAUUAUGGGGUUGUAUUUGGAGGAAAUGAAGAGUUAUUUUCAAAACCACAAUAAGCAGAAGGAAUAUGUCGGCCACAACUCCAAAGUUCACACAAUCGGGUGGAAUGCCGACGGCCGACGUUUGGCUUCGGGCUCCUACGACAAGUGUGUCACGAUCUUCGUGUUCGACGGACAUCGCGAAACGUUGAGAAAAGAUUACACAUACAAAGGGCAUGGAGACAGUGUAGACCAGUUGUGUUGGCAUCCUACCCACUCAGAACAACUAACAUCAGCCAGUGGUGACAAAACUGUAAGAAUAUGGGACUCUCGUACACACAAGUGCUCUGCAACAAUCAAUACUAAAGGAGAAAAUAUUAAUAUUACAUGGUCUCCUGAUGGUCAUACCAUUGCUGUUGGCAACAAAGAAGAUUUAGUAUCAUUUAUAGAUGUACGAAGUCAGAAGAUACGUCAAGAACAUCAGUUUAAGUUUGAAGUAAAUGAGUUGUCAUGGAAUAAUGCUAAUGAUCUCUUCUUCCUCACAAAUGCUCAAAGUGGGCAGGGGUAUAUUAAUAUAUACAAUUAUCCAGAAAUGGAAUUAGUCCAUAGCAUUCAUGCACAUCCAGGCAACUGUAUAUGCAUCAAAUUUGAGCCUCAUGGAAGAUACUUUGCAACUGGGUCUGCAGAUGCUUUAGUUUCCAUUUGGGAUGCUCAGGAACUUUAUUGUAAGAGGACAUUACCCAGAUUAGAGUGGCCUGUUCGAACUUUAAGCUUCUCUUUUGAUGGACAGCUGUUAGCCUCUGGAAGUGAAGACCAGUCAAUUGACAUUGCUCAUGUUGAGACUGGAGAAAGAGUUGCAAACAUAAAUGUUGCCUACCCAACAUUCACUCUUGCAUGGCAUCCCCGUCACUUCUUCCUCGCAUAUGCUUGUGAUGACAAGGACGACCGAGACAGAGACCGUGAUGCAGGCACCGUAAAGCUCUGGGGCUUAGCAGAGAGAUCCUAAGGAUUCCAUUUAUAUGUGUUAGAUUUCCUUCCCUCUGGAGAUGACAGGAUUUUUAAGGAAGCUUAAUAAGUGUAAGCUACUGUUUUAUGUAAAAUCUACUUUGUGACAUUAAAUUUAGAACCAGGUCUUCAGUCUAUGUAUGUUUCA